AGUUGCAGCUAACAGAUGAUGUGUUCUCUUGAAGCUCGCUCAUCCAGCAGCAGCAGCAGCAGCAGCAGCCGCGGUUCCCGCAGUAGCUCUACGUCCGCUGCAGUCGUUCAUCUCCAGACCACAAGGAUGCCUGAUGUCCAGUUACAGAUGGAGUCAGGGCAGAAUGGAGCCUUCAAGAACAAGUCUGGAGGUAAAAUGCAGCACGGUGCCACCGUCAGUUUCCACAACAUCUGCUACAAAGUGGCACAGGGAGGAAGCUAUUUGUGCCGCAGGAAAACUACAACCAAAGACAUUCUCAAUGACCUCAAUGGGGUCAUGAAGCCAGGGCUCAACGCCAUCAUGGGAGCAACAGGAAGUGGCAAGUCAUCAUUCCUGGAUGUGCUGGCUGCCAGAAAAGACCCUGCAGGUCUGUCUGGUGAAGUUCUGAUCGACGGGGCUCCUCAGCCUCCAAACUUCAAGUGUCUAUCAGGCUACGUGGUCCAGGAUGAUGUGGUGAUGGGAACGUUGACAGUCCGAGAGAAUUUCACUUUUUCUGCUGCGUUACGACUUCCAACAAGCAUUUCACCCCAAGACAAAGAGCAGAAAGUGAACAAACUAAUUGAACAACUGGGGCUGACCCGGGUCGCUGACUCCAAGGUGGGCACUCAACUGAUCCGUGGAAUCUCUGGCGGCGAACGGAAGAGGACCAACAUUGGCAUGGAGCUCAUUAUGGACCCUUCCGUCCUUUUCCUGGAUGAACCCACCACAGGACUGGACUCCAGCACAGCAAACUCUGUGCUGCUGCUACUGAAGAGGAUGGCAAACGCCGGCCGCACCAUCAUCUUAUCCAUUCACCAGCCUCGCUACUCCAUUUAUCGUCUUUUUGACAACCUCACCCUGCUGGUCACAGGGAAACAGGUUUACCACGGCCCUGCUCAGAAGGCACUGGAUUACUUUUCAGAUAUUGGAUUCACUUGUGAGCCAUUCAAUAACCCAGCUGACUUUUUCCUUGAUGUCCUCAACGGAGACUCAACGGCCAUUUACAGCAGUGAUGUGGAGCAGGAUCCAGAUUCUAUGUCCAAGUCCAGACAAAGCAUCGAGGACAGACUGGUGGAGGAGUACAGAAAAUCAAAUGACUGCAGGGAAACCAGUGCGCAGCUCGAGAGCAUCAUACUGGGGAAAAAGACCAGCAACUCCUCCCGCCCCAGAACCAUUACCUACCACACAGGCUUCACUACACAGUUAAAGUGGGUUCUAAAGAGAACCUUCAAAAACAUGCUGCUUAACCCUCAGACGUCGGUGGCUAUGCUCGGAGUAACCAUGUUCCUGGCUCUGAUUGUUGGAGUUAUUUUCUUUGACGUCCAGGAAAAUCAGAGUGGGAUGCAAAACAGGUUUGGGGCGCUCUUCUUCAUCAUUAUUAACCAGUGUUUCAGUACUGUGUCAUCAGCAGAACUCUUCAUCACCAACAGGAAACUCUUUAUUCAUGAAUACAUUAGCGGUUACUACCGACUUUCCGUUUACUUCCUGUCCAAAGUUAUGGCCGACAUGUUGGUGCUGAGGACCUUUCCUGCCAUCAUCUUCAGCUGCGUGUCCUACUUCUUGAUCGGUCUGAAGCCGACGGUGGAGGCCUUUUUCCUCUUCAUGUUCAGCGUCAUGCUAGUUUCCUACACGGCCACCUCCAUGGUGUUUGCCAUCUCUGCCGACCAGACAGUGGUGGCCAUCGCUAACAUCUUCCUCACAAUUACCUUUGUCUUCAUGAUGAUUUUUGCAGGUCUGUUGGUGAACCUGCCAUCUGUUGCCAGCUGGCUCUCCUGGUUAAAGUAUUUGAGUAUCCCACGAUACGGCUUAAGUGCUCUGCAGAUAAACGAGUUCACUGAUCUGGUCUUUUGUCAUGGACUUAACAUCAGUACCAUCCCACCUGGACUGGCUUGCACCGGGGAGGAGUUUUUGGCGGAGCAGGGUGUGGACUUCAGCACCUGGGGCUUCUGGCAGAACCAUGUGGCUCUGAGCAUCAUGAUGAUUUGCUUCCUGGCCAUCACCUACUUCAAGCUGCGUUUUAUCAGGAAGUUUUCCUGAAAUUUUCCAUAAAAACCUGAACAUUCUGUGACCUCCAAUAGAAAAUUGUAAAAAAAAAAAAAAAAAGUGAAUAA